UAGCCAAAACUCAAACUUGUUUUAUGAAAAGCAAAUUUUUAGCCUUCCUUACGUUUCUCUUCAAAUUUCAAUCAUUUGUACUUUCUUUUGGUCUAAGAGGUCUAAGAGAAUACUUCUCUCUAGAAGUCUUGCUAGAAGUCUUCAAACUCAGAGAAUUUUAAGAUGCUCUUACGAAAAUGAGAACGUCAGAAAAGCAAAAAUGCCUUCUGAAUGAUAUGUGCAUGAUAGCAUUAUGAAAUAUCAAUAACAAUUUUAAAGUAAACCAGCGAGCACUAGUUAUGUAGAAAUAAAUGAAAAUAAAUACCAUAAAUACCUGUGAGAGAGUAUUUGUUACGAACGAGCCAAACUUGUGCUCACUGUGUUCACUGUGUUUGUGAUGGCUUUCGAAAGCUGAAUUGAAGGUCUAUGAUUCGUUGAAAAACGCUCGUGGUUGAAAUAUCGAGCUGUGAUUCGCUUAUUGCAGGUUUGCUGACAACACCAGCUGCUGGUUUCGAAUAGAAAUAACAGAGCUUCUUUCGCCAUUCGCUUUGUAGAGAACCUUCUCGUACGAUUGCCCGCGUGGUUUUUGUCGCCCUUGGCCUGCGGUCGUCUUUCGCGUUUCGAUUUUGAUUUAUCGAAUUUUUCACCCACGCUGGAGAUUAAUUGCUUUGCGGUGUUGUAUUCAAUUGACAUUUUGCGUGGAGAAACGCCAAGACAUUGGUCUCGUUUUAGUUUGUGAUAGUUCCUUGCACUCAGUUUCGAGCUGAGUCAUGUCUGAUAAUACGUUGUAUCAGCUUCUUGGAGUCAGCCGUAAUGCGUCGGAUGGAGAAAUUAAAAAGGCGUACCGCAAGCUGGCCAAGGAGUUCCACCCGGACAAGAACCCCGAGGCGGGCGACAAGUUCAAGGAGAUCUCGUUCGCCUACGAGGUGCUGACCGACCCGCAGAAGCGGCGCAUCUACGACACACAGGGGCUGCGCGGCCUGCAGGAGGGUGGCGGCGGCGGGCACGACAUGAGCGGCUUCGGCGAGGACAUCUUCAGCCACUUCUUCGGCGGCGGCCUGGACGGCAUGUUCGCCGGCAUGGGCGGCCGCCACCGCGGCCCGCGCCGCGGCGAGGACACCGUCUACCCGCUCAAGGUCACACUGGAGGACCUGUAUAACGGCAAGACGUCCAAGCUGCAGCUGAGCAAGUCGGUGGUGUGCGCGGCGUGUGGCGGCACGGGCGGCCGCUCGGGAAAGGCGCCCGAGCCGUGCCGCGGCUGCCACGGACGCGGCAUCAAGCUGCACACGCGCCAGAUCGGGCCCGGCAUGGUGCAGCACAAGCAGGUCAUGUGCUCCGACUGUCACGGCGAGGGCGAGCUGAUGAAUGAGCGCGACCGCUGCCGCGCCUGCCACGGCCAAAAGACCACCAGCGAGGUCAAAAUACUGGAGGUGCACGUGGACAAGGGUAUGCGGGAUGGCCAGAAGAUCUCGUUCCGCGGCGAGGGGAACCAGAAGCCCGGCAUCGAGCCCGGCGACGUGAUCGUGGUGCUGCAGCAGGUGCCGCACGAGGUGUUCCAGCGGGAAGGGCACGAUCUGUACAUGACCAAGAAGAUCUCUCUGACGGAGUCGCUGUGCGGAUUCCAAAUCCCGAUCAAGCACCUGGACGACCGAACUGUGGUGAUCUCCUCAGAGCCGGGCACAGUGCUGGCGCCAGGCACCCGCCGCGGUGUGCGCGGAGAGGGCUUCCCCAUCCACCGCUCGCCGUUCGACAAGGGCAACCUGUACGUGCGCUUCGACGUCGACUUCCCGGAGAACCAGUGGGCGCCCGAGUCGGUGUACCCGAAGCUGGAGCCGCUGCUGCCGCCCCGGCCGGCCUUCACCAAGCCGAGCGGCGCGCACGUCGAGGACGUCCACCUGGACGACUUUGACCCCAGCUCGCAGUCACGGUCGAGCCGGGCAGAGGCGUACGACGAGGAUGAAGAGAUGCACGGCGGCCCGGGCGUCCAGUGCGCCCACCAAUAGCACCGCUCGGCCGUCGCCCGACUAGGAAGCGAGCCCGCGCCGCCGGCCGGCUCCGGCGUGAGGCCGCCCGCGCUAGUGGAGACGCUCAGGCGGCGUCAGCGGCGUCAGGUGACGUCUGGGUGAUGUCGGGAACGUCAGGUGACGUUAGGAGAUAAUGUGUCGAGUGAGGCGCCGCCGGCGGAUGGCUGUGCUGCCGUAGCGGCGCUGGGCGGGACGCGCCGACUGCGGUGCGUCGGGGACCGGUGACGGCUGCCGCGGCCCGACCGGCCCGACUGGAGCAGACAGGGUGGCGCCCCGGUGCUGGAGAGAGGGGUGAGAGGGAGAGAGUGGCGGCAGGUCGGGCCGUGCUGCCGGCAGCGCGAGCCGCUUAGAACCGCCCGGCUGGGACCGGACAGACUGAACAGCGGCGGCUGGCGGAUCAGGAACAGAGAGAGGCUGGUCGAACGGAGACGGCGACUUCAGGAAGCGCCCGGCGGUAAGGCCGGGGUACGCCGGGCGAACCGGGUACAGCUCUGGCCCGGUGGACAGUGCGGGGAGGAUGGAGGGGUGGCCGGCCCCCAGUGGAGACGGGCAGCGGACGGACACUGCGCGGCGUACCGCGCUGACGAUAUAAAGCACGCCAGUCGGGACUGCGCGUGGGCGGCGCGCGCUCCCAUAUUUGUGGGCGCGCGUCCGUGUAUGUAUGCGUGUGUGUCUGUGUGUGAGGGCGAGCCAGACUGAUCGUACGAGCGGGAGAGACCGGCCGGGGUCCAUGUGUGACCCGACAGGGCGUGGGCGACCGCUGCGCCCGGCGAGACGUCGAGCCGAGUAUAUUCGUUUUCGUUCCAUGUGCACAUAAAUUGGCGAUGCUGCGCUCCAGGAGUGUUGUCCGUACCGUUCCCCCGGUCAGACUGCUGUGCGACUGCUGUGUCUGUGCUGUAGGUAACCCGCGCAUUGACCCGGCACACUCACUGGGUCGCCCAGGCAGCACGAUCAUGUGUGCGACGCUGCCUGUUUUAUAGGUUGCCGGUGACAAGUUUAUGUAAGCACGUAGGUUGAUUGUCCCGGCCUGACUAUCACUGGUAUGUUUGUCUUCAUGCCACUUGACUGGUUCUGUAUAUGAAACUCCUUUCUCAAUAAAUCUAGCAGUGUUGA